GUGGUCUCUCUUCAUCUCUUUCAUCUCUUUCAUCUCUUUCAUCUCUUUCAUCGUUCUCAUCCUCUUCAUCUUCAUCCUCCUCCUCUCUGUCUCUUGUCUUUUCCCUCCCCCUUGACAUCACUCCAUCACUUCCCCCCACACCACCACCCACCAUGUCAACCAGCCCCGAACUCUCCAUGGAUCCCUUCCUCGCUCUCUUCGCAGGCGACCCAACAACAAACUCCACAACAACAACCACAACAACCAUCGCAGACCUCACUCCAUCCACAGCAAGCGCUUCUCCUCCAGAACCAGGAGGUCAACGAUCUCGCUCAGGCUGCUUCACUUGCCGUCGUCGCAAAGUCAAGUGUGACGAGUCGAGACCCAUCUGCGAAAAGUGCCAGAUCGGACAGCGCGAGUGCACCUGGCCACCCGAUGACCCAGUCCAGCGUCGCAAGAAUCGUCCGCGCAAGCCCCGCACUCACACCGUCUCGGAGCCUCCCAAGCGUCGAUUCAAGCUCCCAUUCCAUGCACCCGAGACCUUUGUAUCCUCCCUCCAGACUUCAAUCGUCUCGGUCAAGGGCAAGGAACGCGAGGUGGAGCUCAUCCCCGACAGCCUUCGUGCUGAGAUGAUGAUGGACCCAUCAUUCCUCCAGCCCUAUUUUCCCUCUGUAGACGAGCGCCUCGUUAUCCGCCACUAUUUGUCCCGCACCGUGCACAUUAUCCUUGCUUUCGAGGCGCCCCACAAUCCUUGGAAUCCAUGGCUUACCGUGCACGCGCCUCUAGCCUUUACACAUUUACCAGGGGUAUCCCCGGCGGCGGACGCCCUUCGGACAGCCAUGCUCGCAGUAGGAGCCGUGCAUUUGCGCUACGUCUCCAAUCCAGACGACCAGGAGGGUGCUUGGCGUAUCACCCGCGCUACACGCCCUCGCGUUCUCGAGCUUGUGCGCUGUGCUCUCGAAGGCCCCGACGGUACACCAAAGAGCAUUGACAAGACCGAAGUCGAGCUGGUCCUUGCCGCCCUGCUGAGCUGCAUCAUUGCAAGCUCACUCGCUGCCGACGAAGCAUGGCACUCGCUCAUCACACAAGUCCUAUCCUUGAUCAGCCGCAUGGGUGGAGCUCAGGCACUGCUUGUCGACUCGCCGCGCGACCACCUGUCACCAUCGCGUUUCGUGUUUGAGCAGCUCGCGAUCCGUGACGUUUUCGGGUGCAUGACGACCGAGCUGGCACCUUCGAUAUUGCGUGAUGCCUUCACGCCGUGGUUCUUUGAGGCCGAGAGCUGGAGCACCAACGAGAACGAGUGGGAGUCGAUCGAGCGCAUGUUCGGCAUGAGCCGCGGCAUGGUCGACCUCAUCGCCCGCGCGUGCACCCUCGUCUCGCGUGUUCGCGAGAAGGGCUACCUCCUCACAGAACAUCACUCGGCUGAGCCGCACGUCUCGUCCCUGCUUCUCCGCCUACCACCGCGUGCCACCGCUCGCCUGCCUCAGAACGGCAGCAUGGCCGAAAUUCAGUCCGGCGGCACCCUCACAACGGCCACGACUCCCGGUGGCACUGUUACGCUCACGAACGCUCCCACUGCCACCCUUACAGAGAAGCAGGAACUCGAGGAGCAGGCCAACGGCCUCCUGGCCGAGCUCAAGGUGUGGGACAAUGCCUGCAACUUUACACCCUUCCACCCGCGAACCCAGUAUGGCAACAUUGCGUACCGCCACGCGACCAAGAUACGCCUGCACCGUGUCGUCUUUGGCGUGUCCUCAACCGACCCACGCAUCGUGAGCGCAUCACGCGCCAUCAUAGAGCUCGCCAAGGAAAUGCUCGCCAUGUACGGUCGCAUCGUUUGGCUCACGUGGCCCCUCGUCAUCGCGGGCUUCCACAUCCCCAAGGGCGACCCGAUGCGCCAGUCGGCCGUGGAACUCUUGUCCGAGUUUGGCCCUCACGCUUGCUUUGACAACCGCGCAGCAAGCCAUAUGAUGGAGACGUUCUGGCGCUAUCACGACAAUGACCCGGAGGAUCUGACGCCAUGGGAGGUCGCGCAGCGCAUGAACUCGCGCCCAUUCCUCGACUGAGCAGCGCGCGCGCCAUCAAACCACCACCCAAAACGCCACUGUUUGGCACCCAUGAAUCAUCAACCCUAAGUUAUUAGUAAAAGUCUAGUUUGUACACGAGGCUCUUAAGAGCAGGGUAGGAAUCGGAAGAGACUGUGGAAACGUUGUAUCAGAAGGAAUGCAAAUACGCCCAAUACGCCAAGUG